AUGAAGCAGCAGAAAGCCUCAAGCAGUGCGGGGAUAAAUCCCGUGUUGAGUUCAUACAAUGAGCUCGAGGACAUCCACCAGACAGACGAGGUAGCAAAAAGACUCGCAUCAGAACUCCAGCGACUUGAUUCACUGGUUCUCAACGCAGGACUGGGCGUUGGUUCCUAUGGAGAAACGAGAGGUGGCAUUGACAGCCACAUGCAGCUCAAUGUCUUUACGCAACAUCAUCUGGCUAUGACGCUACUCCCCACAUUGAUCGCAACGCCAGACAGCAGACUCUGCCUCCAGGUGUCAGACAUGCACAGGGCCGCGCCUGGAGACAUCAAGUUUGCAGAUCUCGAAGAGAUCAACCGCGACAUUGGGCCGGCAUAUUUUUACAACCGAACCAAACUGGCUCAGAUCCUACUCGUCAAAGCUCUAGUCCGUCGCACGCAACAAAGUUAA